UCAGUCUCAACUUUCGAAGACGAAUGAUGCUGACCUCUGGGGGAUUAUCACUCAGCAGUUCAUUAUCGUUUAUCAGCACAAUGAAUGCCUGUUCAUUUUCUCUAGUUCAUUCUCACAAAAGCCUUCUUGCGUCUUGGCCUACUUCACUCUUCACUUUCUGCUCUAAAAACCCUCCAUUUCCGACCUCUUCAACGGAAUUCUGCCAAAUCCAUCUUAGUUCGCGGGCUGUUAUUGAAAAAAACCGUAACGGGUUUUGUGUUUUUGCUGCAAAGAAGGGAAGAAAAGGUGGCACCGAGCUGAUGGAAAUGGACGAUUUUGAUGAAGACGAUUGGGAUGACUAUAGCGGUGAUGUCGACGACGACGAAGACAUGGGCAUGCUUUUACCAAUGGGGAAGAUGAAGAAGUGGCUUGAAAACAAGCCUCGUGGGUUUGGUGAAAGGAAAGUGUAUGAUACUUCUAUUGAAGACAAGUUGCUCGAAGAAUUGGAGCAAAGUAGGCAGGCACAGGCUGCUAAUAUUAACAAACUUAAGAACAUUUCUGUCCUGCCUGCUUCCAAGAAAGAUGAUCAAAAGAAAGCCCCUGGAGUUGCUUCAAGUGGAAUUCGUGUUUGUAUAACUAAUCUUCCUAAGAAAAAGAAUAUCCACAGGGAUCUAAGAAAUGCUUUUAAUGGAGUUUCUGGUAUGACAAAUAUCAUGCCAGCUGUUACCGGAAAUAAGAAGACGAAGGAUCCUGUCUGCAAGGGCUUUGCUUUUGUUGAUUUCAAGUCUGAAGUUGAUGCAAUAAGGUUCGUAGAAACAUUUUCUGGACAAAGUAUAUCCUUCGGGAAAAUUCAGAAGCAAAUAAAAUUUGACAUGAUGAAUUCUCGGAAGUCCAAGGAUGAAACAUUCUCUGACCAUGUCAUCAAUGGACGUGAAGCAACAGAUCUUAGUUCAGAAUCUGACAAUGAUGCUUAUUUCAAUGUGGAUGAUUGUUCCUUGGAUUCACUGCCAGAAACUAUUACUGUUAAACCUGGGAAUUCAUAUGAUGACCUUGAGGGACUUAAAACCGUAGAAGUCCAAGAGAAUCCUGGCGAUAAUAAUGCAGCAGGGGCGAAAGGUGAUGCUUGCCCAGAAACAACAAUAGAAUGCACAGCCGAUUCAGAUUCCCCAAAGCAGCUGAGCAAAAUCAGAGCUCUUGAGAAAAAGUUACUUUCUAAAGGAAAAGUACGAAAGAUUCCCAAAGUAAAAGUACCGGGAUCUGCAAAGAGGUUAAAAAUCAAGGAGAAGGCUGUCCUAACAGGGGUAUUGUCCAAAUAUGCAAUGAGAGAUGCAUUGGCUUCAAAGGAGGAAAACUAACCAUUAGAAAUGUUAUAUACACAUUUUAUUUUUUCUUAAAGAAAAUGUGGGAAGAGGUGACAAGUGUAACCAUUUUUUUUUGGAUAUGAUUGUUAGAAUUAUCACCGACAACAUGUUAUAUGUACAUUAUAUGAUGAUGUAAUAUAUAUUGUUGGGUCUCGAAU